CCUUUUAGGUGUGACACGCGGCCAAGUCCGACCGGAAGUGGCUCCAGGUCGGAGCCCAUAGGGAGAGGGACGGAGUGAGCGGCUGACUUAACGGCGGUGACAAGCUGCGCGGCUUUGGCGUAGGGGGUCGGCCUGUAACUCAGGCUUGAUCUAUGGUCGCUGCAGCUGCAACAACUCACGGGUCGAACUUGGCAGAGCAGGGAGGCACAGAAGGGAAGGGGUGUGUAAGGAAGGCCGCGAGUAUAUUUGGUGGCGGGAAGAAGGACCUCGAAACUUGUGCCUCCUUCUUGUGGAUUGUAAAAAAAAAUUUUUCGGUGACAGAUUCCGGAAAUACUCGGCGUCUCCGUUUUCGAGAUUUUCUGACUCUCGUCAGUUUAUUUCGUAGCUUGAAGAAGAAAGGGAGGAUGUGGAACCAGUUCAUCUUUGAAGGGUGCAAGCCAGGAUGUAUGGGCAUGGAGGCUAUGACUCUGAUUUUAGUGAUGAUGAACGUGGUGGAGAAUCCAGCAGAAGGAAAAAAAAGGAAAAUCGAAGACGACUUAUUGCUCAAAAAGCCAUUUCAGAAAGAAAAACAUGGAAAGGUGGCCAGUAAGCAAGUUGCAGCAGAAUUGCUGGAUAGGGAAGAAGCGAAAAAUAGAAGGUUUCACCUCAUAGCUAUGGAUGCUUAUCAAAGGCAUACAAAGUUUGUAAAUGACUAUAUUUUAUACUAUGGUGGCAAGAAAGAAGACUUCAGGCGUUUGGGGGAAAAUGACAAGACAGACUUAGAUGUUAUACGAGAAAAUCAUAGAUUCCUAUGGAAUGAGGAGGAUGAAACGGAGAUGACUUGGGAGAAGAGACUCGCAAAGAAAUAUUAUGAUAAAUUAUUCAAGGAAUAUUGCAUAGCAGAUCUCAGUAGAUACAAAGAAAAUAAGUUUGGAUUUAGGUGGCGAGUAGAAAAAGAAGUAAUUUCAGGAAAAGGUCAGUUUUUUUGUGGAAAUAAAUGUUGUGAUACAAAAGAAGGCUUAAAGAGUUGGGAAGUUAAUUUUGGUUAUAUUGAGCAUGGUGAAAAGAGAAACGCACUUGUUAAAUUAAGGUUAUGCCAAGAAUGUUCUUUUAAAUUAAAUUUUCACCACAGGAGAAAGGAAAUCAAGUCCGACAAAAGAAAAGCCAAAACCAAAAAAGGCUAUGAAAAGUCAUCACAUAAAAAAUUCAGAUUGUCUCCAGAAGCUUCCAAGAAGAAAGGUAAAGGACAUUCAUCUUCAAAGAAAUCAGAAGAUUCUGUAAAUAAAAUCUCUGAUGAGGAAGAAAGUGCUUCAGAAUCUGAGCUUUGGAAGGGUCCACUACCAGAAACAGAUGAAAAAUCACAGGAAGAAGAAUUUGAUGAAUAUUUUCAGGAUUUGUUUCUGUGAGACAGGAGAGAAAAACCUGCAUUCCUUUAGUGUGAAAGCUCAUUUUGAAAUUUCAUAAAGGUUUUACCUGCAAGUUGCAGCUAGAGUGGUUGGUCUUUGGGAAUAAAAAUUUAGCCACUCUCAGGAUGUCAGAUGCUUCAGAAGUUUAUUAGUUAUGUAAGAGACACAUUUUCCUGUCCCUUUCAGUUGCUUAUCUAUAAGUGUUUCAUCUCUAGCCCCUCAGUAUAUAGUAUGCUAUUUUAAAUGAGAUUUAAACAUGGGAUGAUUAUCAUAAUAAACUGCAAACUAAAUAA